AAGUGUGGCGGCGGGGGACAAGAUGGCGGCGGGCCGCCCCUCCCCGCCGGGCCCCCGCGGCGGUCCGGUCCUGCCGGGCUUCGACGACGCCGAUUCCUUCGUCAAAUUCGCACUCGGGUCGGUGGUGGCGGCUACCAGAGCAUCAAGUAGUCUUCCCCAGCCUGGAGAUGAAUAUGACUUUUACCGCAGUUUUCCGGGAUUUCGGGCGUUUUGCGAAACACAAGGCGAUAGGUUACUUCAGUGCAUGAGUAAGGUAAUGCAAUACCAUGGAUGUCGCAGCCACAUCAAGGAUCGCAGCAGAGUGACAGAGUUGGAGGACAAGUUUGAUUUACUUGUUGAUUCUAAUGAUGUUAUUCUCGAGAGAGUGGGCAUUUUACUGGAUGAGGCAUCUGGAGUAAACAAGAAUCAACAGCCCCUUCUCCCAGCAGGCCUGGAAGUCCCGAAAACAAUUGUGUCCAGCUGGAACCGCAAGGGUGGAGAAUCCAAGAAAAAAACAAAGUCUGAAACUUUCCACCUGCUUCAUGCUAAGAACAUUCUUCGACCUCAGCUCAGGUUUCGAGAGAAGAUUGACAAUUCCAAUACCCCAUUCGUCCCCAAAAUUUUUAUCAAGCCGAAUGCUCAGAAACCUUUGGCCCCAGCCCUCACCAAAGAGCGGCGGGAACGACAGGAGCGUCCCGAGGACUUGGAUGUGCCACCUGCCCUGGCAGAUUUGAUCUACCAACAGAGGAACCAACAGAAUAAGCAGGACAUGUUUGCUCAUCCCUACAAGUAUGAAUUGGAUCACUUCACACCGCCAGAAGCCGUUCUCGAGAAGCCACAGGUUCAGAUGUACAGGCCUGUUGAAAAAACACCCUUCCAUCUCAUAACCACUGUGGAUGACCUUGUCGAACUCAACGAGAAGCUCCUGAAUUUGAAAGAAUUUGCUGUGGAUUUGGAGCACCACUCUUACAGGAGCUUCUUGGGGUUGACGUGCCUGAUGCAGAUUUCCACUCGAACAGAAGACUUCAUUAUCGACACCCUGGAGUUGCGCAGUGAGCUGUACAUUCUCAAUGAGAGCUUCACAGACCCAUCUAUUGUUAAGGUCUUUCACGGAGCCGAUUCAGAUAUAGAGUGGCUUCAGAAAGAUUUUGGACUGUAUGUAGUGAACAUGUUUGAUACCCAUCAAGCGGCACGCCUCCUUAACCUGGGCAGGCACUCCCUAGACUACUUACUGAAACACUACUGCAACGUGGAGGCAGACAAGCAGUAUCAAUUGGCCGACUGGAGGAUAAGACCUUUGCCCAGGGAGAUGCUCAACUAUGCUCGAGAUGACACUCAUUACCUGCUCUUCGUUUAUGAUAAAAUGCGAUUGGACCUGUGGGAGCGAGGAAAUGAGCAGCCGGUUCAGCUGCAGGUGGUGUGGCAGCGAAGCAAAGACAUCUGCCUUAAGAGAUUCAUCAAGCCGAUCUUCACAGAGGAGUCCUAUCUUGAGCUGUACAAGAAGCAUAAGAAGCAUCUCAACACCCAGCAACUAACAGCCUUUCAGUUGUUAUUUUCCUGGAGGGACAAAACAGCCCGGAAGGAGGAUGAAAGUUUUGGGUAUGUGCUGCCGAACCACAUGAUGCUCAAAAUCGCAGAGGAACUUCCCAAAGAGCCCCAGGGCAUCAUUGCCUGCUGCAACCCAGUGCCGCCUUUAGUGCGUCAGCAAAUCAAUGAGAUGCACCUUCUCAUCCAGCAGGCCAGAGAGAUGCCUCUGCUCAAGUCUGAAGUUGCCACUGGAAUGAAGAAAAAUGGCCCGUUGCCCAAUCCCGAGAGAACGGAGAAUGCCUUGUUCGGACCACACGACUGUUCCCAUGCUCCUCCCGGUGAUUAUCCUAACGUCCUAAACAGAGAACCUGAGCCAGUUCAGGAAAGGUCAAGACUGUUCUCCAACGAAAAGGAACCCGAGCCCCCAGCUGAUGCCGGAUACCUUAUUGCUUCAGCUGCCGUCAUCACGUUGUUCAAUGAGCCCUGUUCCAGGGAAGAGGAGGAGGCAAGUUUAACUACUGCCCAGAAGAAGGCACAGCGCAUAAUGGAGUCCUUUGAAAAUCCAUUUAGAAUGUUUUUGCCCUCAAGAGAACACCAUGCCCACAUCUCCCAGUCUGCCAAGUUUGAUCCGUCAUCUAAAAUCUAUGAAAUCAGCAACCGCUGGAAAUUGUCCAACCAGGCCCAGGCCCAGGCCAAGUCCCAGAAAGAAGAAAAAGAAGCGGCCAAAAAGAAAGCAGCCGAGCAGACAGCCGCCCGGGAACAAGCGGAGAAGGAGUUUAAAGAAUCAACAGAACAGUUCAUCUCCGUCCGUCAACAAGCCGCGCAGGAAAAUGCUUCGAAGAAGAGAGAGAGGGUGACAAGUGAGCAAGGGACCCCGGAACCCAAACAAGAGAAGAAACGACUCAAAGCUUCCCAACAGCCCCAGAAGCAAGACCCUCCUAAAGAGUUCACUCCGUAUGACUACAGCCAGUCAGAUUUCAAAGCGUUUUCUGGAAAGAACAAAUCUAAACAGUCAUCCCAAUUUGAUCCCAACAAACAGGCGACACCAGGCAAGAAAUCUGCCACCGCCAACAAGGUUAAGCAGUCAGCUGGGAACAAAAGCAUGUCCUACUUGUCGGAAAAGCCUGACCGGGGCUUCAAACACAACUGGCCGAAGAGAUAGUGGGCGGCAGAGAUCCUAAGGAAGCGGCUAAACGACAUGGACAGAAAGUCAGAAAACAUCAGCUUAACCGAUCCCGCUGAUUUUUGUAUAGAGGUCUUUCCAGAACAUUAAAACGUUUUUUAAAAAUGAG